AUGCGGUCUCUACGUACUCGGGAGACCUAUGAAUAUCCACUCAAGGGUGACCUGAAGGCGCACCUCGGACAUCUGAAUCGUGCUCCACGCUCAGAUGUCAAGGCGGCUGUGACCGGACAGCCUCCGGUUGUUUCAAAUGUAGGUAUCAUACACAUUGCUCAGCCAGUAUUGACUUACUCUGAACAAUCGACCUUCCCAUUUCUUCUGCCUUGUACAUCGAACUUUGGUCAUUUCAAUCAAAUCAACAUCUCAGUAUCUCCCUUAAUCAUGGCAUCGCCCAACGGGACCAUUGUAGAUACUUAUUUUGACAGAACACCGAUAAAGGGUGGCUUCCAGUAUCGGUGUAUUCUGUGUAACGGUAGAACAAUGAGAGACACGACUCGUCAUAAAAAUUCAGAGAAUCACAAGGCUAUGGUCGCUGGUGAGGAGGCAUCUGUGGCCUGGAACCACGAGAACGAACGACAUUUGGGCUCUUUCCUUCAAAAUGCUGAGGAGAAUGAAGAUGUGCCCCAAUUUUUAGGCUUUGAGGAUGACGAUAACACAGCAGCGGAGCCGGAGCCGGCUGGUUUUACCGAGGCACUGAUGAAGCUCCUCACUGAACCUUACAGUGAUUUUGAAGGUUCUGAAAGUUCUGGAGAAGAUGAAGACUUUGCGGAUCUUGCUGAGCGUGACUUUGAAACAAUCUUAUGGAAACGACUAUGA